AUGGCCAAGGAUGACUUGACCGACGCGGCAGGUGCCAUCAUCGCAGUCCCGCCAUCUCCUGAACAGGAUCACUACAAGCGAGAACCGGAUUAUCAACAUGAACUUUAUGCUGACCUUGUGUUUCGACCGAUCGGUUAUGAAAUCCCUCCUACUUUGCCUCUUCAGUAUCGCGAUGAUGGCUUCGGUGAGUUGCACUCUUGGUAUGCUCAGAAUCAGCACAGAAUUGCGUCGAAACAAGUCCGAAUACCUCAGGUACAACCAGUAUACAUGCCUUAUUCAGGCUUCUAUGCAGUACCUUCCCAUGUCGAUACCCAAUUUCCUCCAUCGCAACGCCCUGAGACACGACCUCGACUGCACCCAUGUGCCAAUCUCCUACACUCUUCUCCCGAACAGCUGAUGUCUCCACUGUCACCCGUCCAGAUAUCCCCACCGAUCCAGGAGUGGCCAACACACAACUUGAGAAUGGAUGAGACUGCCCGAAGAAAACGAGAAGAAUUCCUACAAAAUGAGGAAGCAAAACGAGCUAAACAGGCACAAACGCCAGCAUCAGCAUCUUCAAUGCAGUAUAAUGUGCAUCCUACACCCUCUUCUACUUAUCCUCAGAACCAUGGGAAGCGCAAGUCCCGUGAUGAAGAUUUGCAAGCGCCGUCUACUCCUCCGCGACGUUAUCGCAGACUUGUUCCAGGCCCUGCACCUGAGGAGCCUCCUGAACCCUCCUAUCCAUCCGGAACUCCACGUGUUUUUGUGUCCCAGCUUCCGGGCUCUGGACCUUCGUACAGUUCCAGUCACUCUAUCUAUGAUCCCGUGCGCGCUGCUAGUGGAGAGGAUCAAUCUUACAGUCCUUCUUUAGGUCAUGGAUCUUCUGCUAGAAGGCUUGGUCUGCAACCCCGAGUGUAUGCACCUGAACCACCACCCCGCUACUUAAUUCCUAUCUCAUCGUUAUCCCAUUAUCAUGCGACUUCCCAUGUGCAGCCGCCCCUGAACCAGCCACCACCGCAUGGCCCCUUACCAAGCGAAGGAACCCGACAGCCUAUUACAGACAAGUACGAAGCCUAUAAAUGGCCAGUGUGGCACUUUGAGCUUCGCUCGGGCACCAGGUUCGACUUUGCCCAAACGUACAUUAACGACUGGCUUGAGCAAACCACUUUCUUUCCACAGAAACCCAAGUGGCACUGCCAUAUAACUACCGGCUUCAUCAAGGGAGGCACCAGGUUCUCUGUUCUCGUACUCCACAAUGCCGCGAACCCAUUUCAAUGGGGACCAACCGCUGAAACCACGACAACCAUCGGCGUGUACGGCCGCUACGCGCAUACACAUGAGGAGAUACACUGGACGACCAUCACUCCAUGGCGAAUAACCCAAUUCAGAGCAAAUCCAGACUUUAUUCUGAAGGAAAAGUGGGACUUUGACAUGCCCAAGGCCAGCGAUCGCCGCUUCCACCGGGCCUACUGGCUUGCAGCCAAUAUGCUCCCGCUGAAGGGAUUGCUCAAUCACUGCAUUCCACACGAGAAGCCGCACGAUGCACCUCAGGAAGGGGCGAUCGAUGAAAAGUUUAAGAUUAAAAGGGAAGAUUUGCAGUGUUGUUGGAGUAAUGGGCAGAUGCCAAAGGAACAUUGCGAAAAGGUGUGGCAGAAGGUACUUUCCGAGAUCGAGGGCAAGGAGAUGCAUCAACUGGGCUCGGAUCAUAUUACUGUUGGUGGUACGGAGCGGGAGUAUGAAGUCGACUAA